AGAGCGCGACGGGCGCUGUCGUCGGACGGGUCUCUCUGCCAGCUACGACUUGGGUGGAAACUAGAGAUGCUGAAAAGAUAAAGCAGAAUGGGGACCUGAUACAUUGACUUUUGUCUGGGAGUCUUCUUAAUACUUAAGCAGAAGCAAAUUCGUGGAAGCAAAAGAGGAAAAAGGAUUUUCUCUAAGAUUACAUAGUAUCGUUUAAUUUCCUUUCAUAGUUUCUUCCAUCAAGGACUCCUAGCUAUUUGGAGCUUGAGAUGUGGUCAGAAUUCCAGAAGGGCGAUGAAAGAGAGAUGCUACAAUGAUAAAGAAAUGGAAUCUAAUUCAUCAAACUACCAUAAGAAAGACAAUGAAGAACAAAGUUUGCUUGCAAAUGUUGCUUCCUUAAGACAUGAACUGAAGAUAACAGAAUGGAGUUUGCAGAAUUUAGGCGAAGAGUUAUCCAGUGUUAGUCCAAGUGAAAAUUCCAAUUAUGCCUGUGAUCCCUCACGGUCGGAAAGGCUGAUUCUGGAAGAUCUUUCUCAGCCCAGCCAGUGUGGGCUUUCGAAUUACUCAUCUUAUAAAAAAACUUGUAAAAUGCCCGUUAGUGGUACUGAUUUUCAAAAACAGCCAAGAGAUAAGAUAUUGUUUUCAUCUUCUAACCCCAUGGAUCAGGAGAUGAGAAGUCUUCGAGAUAAACUUAAUAAACUUAGGCAACAGAAUGCCUGUUUGGUCUCACAGAAUCAUUGUUUAAUGACUAAAAUCGAAUCUGUGCACUUUGAAUUAACACAGUCAAGAGCCAAAGUCUCUAUGCUUGAAUCUGUUCAACAACAGGCAGCCAAUGUGCCCAUCUUAGAAGAACAGAUUAUAAAUUUGGAAGCAGAAGUUUCAGCCCAAGAUAAAGUUUUGAGAGAGGCAGAAGAUAAAUUAGAGCAGAGUCAAAAAACAGUGAUUGAAAAGGAACAAAGUUUGCAGAAGUCCCAAGAGGAAUGUAUAAAGUUGAAGGUGGACUUACUUGAACAGAGUAAACAAGGAAAGAGAGCUGAACGACAAAGGAAUGAAGCACUAUAUAAUGCUGAAGAGCUGAGUAAAGCUUUCCAACAUUAUAAAGAAAAAGUGGCUGAAAAGCUAGAAAAGGUUCAAGCUGAAGAAGAAAUAUUAGAGAAAAAUCUAAUUAAUUGUGAAAAAGAAAAUAAAAGGCUACAGGAAAAGUGUGGUCUAUAUAAAAGUGACCUUGAAAUUCUGAAAGAGAAAUUAAGGCAGUUAAAAGAAGAAAAUAACAGUGGAAAAGAAAAAUUAAGAAUGAUGGCAGUGAAAAAUUCAGAAGUCAUGGCGCAACUAUCUGAAUCUAGACAAAGUAUUUUGAAGCUAGAGAGUGAGUUAGAGGACAAAGAUGAAAUACUUCGAGAAAAAUUUUCUCUAAUGAAUGAAAACCGAGAAUUAAAGGUCCGUAUUGCAACACAGAAUGAACGACUGGAUGUAUGUCAGCAAGAAAUAGAAAGUUCAAGGGUAGAACUGAGACGUCUGGAUAAAAUUAUGUCCCAGUUGCCAUUACAAAGAGAGAUGUUUGGUUUUAAAUCACCUCUUUCUAAGCACCAGAUGAGUAGUUUGUCGAACAAGGAUGACAGCUACAUUGGCUGCUGUGAGGCAAAUAAAAUGAUGAUUUCAGAAUUAAGGAUUAAGCUUGCAAUAAAAGAGGCAGAAAUUCAAAAGCUUCAGGCAAAUCUGACUGCGAAUCAGUUAUCUCAGAGUCUUAUUUCUCAUAAUGACAACAAAGAAAGUGGCAAAUUAAGUAAUUUAGAAACAGAACCUGUAAAACUAGGAAGUUGUCAUGUAGCAGAAAGUAUAAAAGAUCAAAAUCAACAUAUUGUGAACAAGCAAUACGAGAGAGAAAGGCAAAAACUUGCUUCUGGAAUAGAAGAACUGCGUACGAAGUUGAUGCAAAUAGAAGCUGAGAAUUCGGAUUUGAAAGUUAACAUGGCCCACAGAACUAGCCAGUUUCAGCUGAUUCAAGAAGAGCUGCUAGAGAAAGCUUCAAACUCCAGCAAACUUGAAAGUGAAAUGACAAAGAAAUGUUCUCAACUUUUAACUCUAGAGAAACAGCUGGAGGAAAAAAUAGUUGCCUAUUCCUCUAUUGCUGCAAAAAAUGCAGAACUUGAACAGGAGCUUAUGGAAAAAAAUGAAAAGAUAAGAAGUCUAGAAACCAAUAUCAAUACGGAACAUGAGAAAAUUUGUUUAGCUUUUGAAAAAGCAAAGAAAAUUCAUCUUGAACAGCAUAAAGAAAUGGAAAAGCAGAUUGAAAGACUUGAAUCUCAACUAGAGAAAAAAGAACAACAAUUUAAGGAGCAAGAAAAGACUAUGUCCAUGUUGCAACAAGACAUAAUAUGCAAACAACAUCAUCUUGAAUCACUAGACAGACUCUUGACAGAAAGCAAAAGGGAAAUGGAAAAGGAAAAUAUGAAGAAAGAUGAAGCUUUGAAAGCAUUACAGAACCAAGUAUCUGAAGAAACAAUCAAGGUCAGACAGUUAGAUUCAGCACUGGAAAUUUGCAAGGAAGAACUUGCCUUGCAUUUGAAUCAAUUGGAAGGAAAUAAGGAAAAGUUUGAAAAACAGCUGAAGAAGAAAUCUGAAGAGGUAUAUUGUUUACAGAAAGAGCUAAAGAUAAAAAAUCACAGUCUUCAAGAGACCUCUGAACAAAAUGUUAUUCUGCAGCAUACUCUUCAGCAACAGCAGCAAAUGUUACAGCAAGAGACAAUAAGGAAUGGAGAGCUAGAAGACAUUCAAACUAAACUUGAAAAACAGGUAUCGAAACUGGAACAAGAGCUUCAAAAACAAAAGGAAAAUUCAGCUGAAAAGUUGAGAAAAAUGGAGGAGAAAUGUGAUGCAGCCACACAAGAAGCAGAUUUGAAAAGGCAGAAAGUUAUUGAGCUUACUGGCACUGCCAGGCAAGUAAAACUUGAGAUGGAUCAGUACAAAGAAGAGCUGUCUUCAAUGGAAAAAGAAAUAAUGCACCUAAAACGAGAUGGAGAAAAUAAAGCAAUGCAUCUCUCUCAGUUAGACAUGAUCUUAGAACAAACAAGGACAGAACUAGAUAAGAAAACAAAUACUGUUAAGGAGCUGGAAAAGUUACAGCAUCACACUGAAACUGAACUAACAGAAGCCUUGCAGAAAAGGGAAGUAGUAGAGACUGAACUACAAAAUGCUCAUGGAGAAUUAAAAAGUACUUUAAGACAGCUCCAGGAAUUGAGAGAUGUGCUGCAGAAGGCUCAAUUAUCAUUAGAGGAAAAAUACACCACUAUAAAGGAUCUCACAGCUGAACUUAGAGAAUGCAAGAUGGAGAAUGAAGACAAAAAGCAAGAACUCCUUGAAAUGGAUCAGGCACUUAAGGAGAGAAAUUGGGAGCUAAAGCAAAGAGCAGCUCAAGUUACACAUUUGGAUAUGACUAUUCGUGAGCACAGGGGAGAAAUGGAACAGAAAAUAAUUAAAUUAGAAGGUACUCUUGAGAAAUCAGAAUUAGAACUUAAAGAAUGCAACAAACAGAUAGAAAGCUUGAAUGAAAAAUUGCAAAAUGCCAAAGAACAGCUCCGAGAAAAAGAAUUCAUAACAUUACAAAAUGAACAGGAGAUCAGUCAACUGAAAAAAGAAACUGAACGAACACAACAAAAGAUGAAAGAAAUGGAAAGUGUUAUUAAAGAGCAGGAACAGUACAUUGCAACCCAGUAUAAGGAGACCAUAGAUUUGGAGCAGGAAUUGAGGCUAACCCGGGAGCAGAUGCAGAACUCUCACACGGAAUUGGUAGAGGCUCGUCAUCAACAAAUCCAAACACAGAGAGAAAUAGAAAGGCUCUCAAGGGAAUUGGAAGAAAUAAAGCAACUCUCUAAGGAGAAGGAAGCCCAUGGAAACCAUUUAGCUGAAGAAUUGGGGGCCUCUCAAGUACGUGAAGCUCAUUUAGAAGCAAGAAUGCAAGCAGAAAUCAAGAAAUUAUCAGUAGAACUAGAAUCUCUCAAAGAAGCUUAUCAUCUAGAGGUGAUUUCACAUCAAGAGAACCAUGCAAAGUGGAAGAUUUCUGCUGACUCUCAAAAGACUUCUGUUCAGCAACUAAAUGAACAGUUAGAGAAGGCAAAAUUAGAAUUAGAAGAAGCUCAGGACACUGUAAGCAGUUUGCAUCAACAAGUCCAAGACAGAAAUGAAGUAAUUGAAGCUACAAAUGAAGCAUUACUUAUUAAAGAAUCAGAAUUAACCAGAUUACAAGCCAAAAUUUCUGGACAUGAAGGGGCAGAAGACAACAAGUUUGUAUCAGCCUCCUUUACAUCUCCAAUGGAAAAUAUGCCUGGCAUUCAAGAUCCAAAAUUUGCUCACAGAGCCUUUUUCAAGUGUAGAAAACUACGUCGCUCUAUUAGUGCCAGUGACCUUAGUUUCAAAACUCAUAGUGAUGAAGAUCUUUCUGAAGAAUUACUACAGGACUUAAAAAAAAUGCGAUUAAAACAACCUUCAACAUUAGAAGAAUGCCAGAAGGAUCUAACUUAUACCCAGUCAGACUCAUUUAAACCUCUUACACAUGCCCUAGAAGAUGACAGUUCUGAGAAUAAUGACUUCAGUACUCUUAGUGGGAUGCUAAGAUACAUAAACAAAGAAGUGAGACUAUUUAAAAAGUCUUCUAUGCAGACAGGUGCUGGUUUAACUCAGGGAGAAAAUUUAUAAUUAAAAGAAGAUGUUGAUGUGAUGAAAAAUGGGAUUUAUGGUACUGUGCUGUGUUUCCUUAUUAUGUAGUUCAUACUUCAUAGAAGCUGUUAUUUUAUUGCUUUUGAAUAAAUUUUAUAUUUCAACAUUUUUAAAGAAAGUUCUUCUAAAGCUUACUUAUACUUUUUGUGAAAAUUAAUUCAUUUUAUUCAUUUUUUGGUUUAAAUUUGCUGCUUUCCUUAUCUUUUGUGUUUGUUAAAAUUGUUAAAAUGCAUAAGUACAUUGAGUCAUUUAUAUAUAUUUUUAAUCAGUCUACUAUCAUAUUGUUUAUUUUUCUAGUAAUACUUUAUUUUUUAAAUAAAUAACAUGAAUUUAGAAGUCAUUCUGCCACAGGUUUGUAAUUGUACUAAUAAUGGCAGGCGUCUGUUGAAUUUUUGACAAACCUUAACCUCUUCCUUGUAGCUUCCUUUCUCUUUCUUAUUACAGGUAUAUUAAUAUUUAUUAUUCUGUUUGCCAUUUUUCAGGCACUAUUCUAGGCAGUUUACAUUUGUUAACUCAUUUAAUCCACAUCACAAUCAUGUGAAGUAGAUACUGUUAUUAUUUCUGUUUUACAGGUAGAAUUAUAUUACAUAAUGACACAAGUGUGGGUUAUGGAGAAAUUGAUUUGUUGCAAGCAUCAAGAUAUGAACUUUGGGUUAGUGACUCCGUUUACACAUGGUUAGCUUUAUGGUAGGAUAAAAAUAAUGCUGCAAAAUUAAGAUGACAUUUAAACAUUUGAAUUUACAAAUCUCUCAAGAGUUCAGAUUUGAUAUCUUGAGACCAAAUAUUUAAUUCAUAAGUGCAUAUAAAUGAUCCUUAGAAAAUACUGCAGAGUUAAUCUUUUCUAAUAGUUCAUCAUUAAAGUUGUUAAUAUGUUGACAGUACUGUUUGAACAACACUAAUACAGAAUUUGGAAUUAUUUGUCAGAUGUGGAAUAAAAUGUAUUUUUUUUCUGCUACUUACUAGUGACUUAACCCUAACAAUUAAAUCUUCUUAGUCAGCACCCUUAUUUCCCCUUUCCCCUGUAUUUCUACCAUGGGCCUUAUAAGUCCUUAUUCAUGGACUAGUCAGUAUUACUAAGUAGAGGCACAAUGUGCAAUUUCCAAUCUGAGUUGGACUCAACAAUUUUUUUUAAUCCUCACCUGAGUAUAUGUUUGUAUUGAUUUUAGAGAG